AUGUCGACCCAGACAACGACAACAUCGUCUAGCUACGGCGAUUGCGUGGCUUCGCUGCGCUCGUCCCUCACCUUCCUCGAGUCGUCAGUCAACACACUUGGAAACGGCGUGUCAGACUUUCCUCGUCUGGUUUCCGUGCUCAAGACAGUCCGCCAUUAUGAACUUAUACCUCAACCAACACUUGCCGCCGCUGAGGCCUCACUCCGCGACGAGAUAGGACCGUUUAUCGAACUGCUCCUAGACCGUGCCGAUCGACAGCUCGAGCGACAAGCGCGACGCAUCGAGACAUUGAAGGCGAGGAGCGACCUAAAUGCUGGAAGACUGUCACAAGGACCGGCCAGCCCCUCGCCACGAAAGCACAGUAGAUCAACAUCCCGAUCAGGUAGAAAGACACUGGACGGAGAGGCGGCGCUGAGAGCCAGAGCAGUCAAGCAGAGGAAAGAGGCUCUCCAAUACAGCGUGGAGAGAUUGGAGCUGGAGGUUGCACAGAAGGAGAGGGAACUACGUAUACGCCUGGAGAAGACUUGA